GACAAUAAAUCUCUCUCUCUCCGAUCAAAUUUCUCGAUCAAUCAAUCGAGUCUUUUAUUUUGUGUAUCAUUGAAUUAGGUCUGAGUUUAACACAUCUAAUUAGAUUCCGAAGCUCUAUGGCUUUGGCUUUCGGGUUGGGUCUCAUCUACGGGAACGUGAAGCUCUAUCGAAUCUUAUGUGACCUUUCAAGAUUGAUCCAACCAACACUGAUAUAACAUUGGUGUGGAACCUGCGUUAGAGAAUGUCAAAGUACUAUGAUAUUGACGACAUACUUGUUAAAGAAGAGUAUGUACCAGUUUUAUUCCAUAAAACAGCAAAUGGAGUGACUAUUGAUCCAAGUGCAGAAACUAACUGUGCUGAACAAGGUUCCAAAGUUGAUAUUCCAUUCUGGCUUGCUCAUGAGUUGCAGCUCAGACAAGCUGUGUCCAUAAACCUUCCUGCCUGUUUUGACCAAAAGACGAGGCUUGAAGUUCAGGCUGAUGCAGCAUACGUCGAUCUUAGAUCUCGCUGUCCAUACUUCUAUGAAUUCGGAUGCAAGUUAGAGCCACUGGUUACAGAUAGAACACUUGGGAUCUUGCUAUCGACUGCGUUUAAGAUCAGAUACAAGGAGGCACUGACAAAAGUAUACACAGCAGCUCAUAUAACAGCUUCCAAGUACUUGUCGUUUUUAACAAAAGAAGAAACAAACUGUAAGCCUUAUCGUUUUUGCCAUGGUGCUGAAUUGUGUUUAACUAUCUAAAACUAUAAUAAAGCUU